UGUUCCAAUAACAUUCUUAUCCAAUCGAACAUUGCAAAGAUAACUGAUUUCGGCUUAUCUCGCGUGUUGGAACGAGAAUUGUCUACAUCACGUGGUAACGGUACUCCAGCAUAUAAAGAUCCGGCAUCUUUUUAUUUUGCUAAGCCGAACGGAAAUUUGGAGUUGGAAGAAAAUCAAAAACCAAACAGACGUGGAAAGAAAUCCGAUAUUUUCAGUCUUGGAGUAAUACUUUGGGAGAUCUCCAGUGGAAAGAUUCCUUGCGAAGGACGCACCGAAAGUUAUGCAAUUUUUAUUUACAGAAGCAAACGUUGCCGGGACGCCCCCUUUCCUGGAACGCCUGAAGAAUAUAUUAAAUUGUAUACAGAAUGUUGGGAUGAGGACCCCA